AUGUGUAUUUACAAGGGAGUUAACUUCUCUGUGAAAUUGAUGAUAUGUAAACUUGUAGCUUUGAGUGAUAGUAUUCAAGAGUUAUUGACUACAUCAACAGAUGCAAAUGAAGUGAAAGAACUCCACAAGAAAUGGCUGAAAGCUUAUGAUGAACUGUUGUUUUCUCAUGAAAGUUUUCAGGAUCUCUUGAAACUUUCUUCUGAAGAUGGAGAAAAAGAUGACAAAGAAUUCCAGGAAAGGAAUGUGAGAUUUCAGAAAGUGAAAGAUUCUGUGGAACAGUGGUUCGCAAAACAUUCAAAACAGCAUUCACCAAGUCAAGUAUCUUUUGAUGUCAAAUCUUUGAAAUCGAGACUGUCACAUACGUCUAAAGCUUCGAGCCAAAUUUUCUUGGAGAAAUUAAAGGAAGGUCAACGAAAAGCAGAAUUGUUAGCCAAAGCAUCAGCAUUAGAUGAACAACGAAAGUUGGAAGCAGCUAAACUAGAACUGAAAAUGAAAGAAGAAGAACUGAAAAUUAAAACUGAGCUUAAGAUAAGUGAUGCAAGAACCAGAUUACUGGAAGAACUUGAAAGAAGUGAACUGCAUGACCAACAACUAGAAAACUUUCUCAUCAAUGAAAAUGUAGACAGAAAUGUAACUUUUCAUCUUGAUCCUAUGAAUGCUCUUGCAAGUGAGAACUCUACUCCGAAUAUUAUUCAUCGACCUGUGCAACAUAUUGUUGAUCCAGCAUUGCUAACAACCAUACAGGAUUCCAAACCUGAAUCAAAUAGUGGAAUACAGACUGUAGCUCGUGAAUUGAACAAACCAAAGGCUGACAUACAAAAGUAUGAUGGAAAUCCUAUGAAUUACACAAAAUUUUGGAGACAAUUCAAUGCUAGAAUUUGUUCCAACACUGAAUCAUAUGAAGAACGUUUGAACUUUUUAUUACAGUUUACUAAAGCUCUCAACUGGCCUCUAGUGAAACAAGACAGUGCAAAAGCUUUAGAUCAGUUUGCUAUAUUCCUACGAGAGUGUCAAUAUGCAGUCGAAAACAUUGAUGCGGGUCGUGUGCUGGAAUAUUCAGAAAAUUUGAAACUGUUGGUCAAAAACUUACCAUUUUACCUUCAUGAUAAACGGCGCAAUUGUGUGUAUGAAUUGAAAGAAAAGAAACUAUCUGUGAAAUUUCACCAUCUCGUUGACUUUGUUCGUAAGGAAGCCAAAAAAGCAACUGAUCCCAUAUAUGGAAGAGAAAUGAUGAGUACUCCAAGUUCAGCCAACAAACGCUUACAAGACCACAAGAAAUCAGAAACGCAUAAAAACUUUACUGUGAAAACUGACUCAAGAUCUCAAGCACUACCAAUUGUGCCUGUCCGAGUCAAGUUAAAGUUCAGUGACAAGUACGUAGAAACUUAUGCUUUCCUUGACUCCGGAAGUAAUGCAACAUUCUGUUUGGAGAACAUUGUUAGAUCAUUAAAAGUGGAAAGAAAAUGAACCUUAACCUCACAACAA